UGUCGAAGAAAUCAAGUCAAUAGAAACUGGAAGCAGGCGUUUAGCCGUGGUGACGUCGCUGCUGCGCACUGAGCCAGUAGUAGAGAGUCAGCGGAGGUAGAUAGAGGAGCGCCGGAGUAAAGUACGCACCGACAUGAACUUCUCCCUCUAAAACUUCAGCCUUGUUGCUCUAAAAGCCGCAAGAGGACCAGCUUCUUCUUCUUCUUUUUUUCUUCUUAUAUAUCUUCUGUUUUGGGCUUAUUUGUUGCUGUUUUUUUUCUCUUAACGGGGAGCUCAGAGGAGAGAGGCACGCUAAAUUGUUUUUUUUUUUUUUUUUUUUUUUUUUUGUUGGUGGUGUGUGUGCGUGUUCCGGGGGGCAGCAGAGGUUUUUUUUUUUAUUAUUCCUGUUUCUCUGUCGGGAGUGCGUCGACGACGAGCAGCAGCAGCAGCCAUGUCGUCCGCGGCGGUCGCUGCUUCUUCCAGGAGGCAGUCGUGUUAUUUAUGCGACCUGCCCCGCAUGCCCUGGGCCAUGAUCUGGGAUUUUACCGAGCCCGUGUGCAGGGGAUGCGUCAACUACGAGGGAGCCGACCGCAUCGAGUUCGUCAUCGAGACGGCCCGCCAGCUGAAGCGGGCGCACGGCUUCCAGGAGGGGCGGUCCCCGGGGCCGGGGAAGUCGCAGCUCUCCGGGAAGGAGAUCCAGGCGAUCAGCCACCACGCGGCCGGAGACCCCGGCUCGCGGCCGCCGCAGCCCCUGGACCGCUACCCGCUCUCCUCCGACCGUCCGCCCAGGCUGGGGCCAGAGUACCAGCCGGGGCGGCAGGCGAACGGCAUCCCCGUCCCCAAUGGAUUUCCCAAACCCGACGAGCCGCCGGAGCUGAACCGCCAGAGCCCCAACCCGCGCAGGAAUAACGCGGUGCCGCCGAACCUCGUGCCGCUGGUGAACGGGGGCAUGCCCCCCGUGCACGUCGUCAACGGCAGGCCGGCGCAGAUGGGGCUCGGCGCGGCGCUGGCGGGCGGCAGCCCCGCCGACCUGGGCAAGAGACCCGCGUCGGUGUCCAGCAGCGAGCAGCAGCAGCAGCAGCAGCAGCACGACCGCGACGGCAAGGAGAAGCACCGGCCCGACAGCCUGACGCCGGAGAUCUCCGACGGCCACAAGAACCGCGAGUCGGACUGGACCAAGGCGAAGACGGUGCGGGACCUGAUGGCGCAGCACCCCUUCGACAGCCGCUUCAAGAAGGAGCAUGCGGCCAUGCAACAAAGGGUGAUGGGCUACGAGGCCAGCCCGUCCGUGUCCAAGUCAGACAGAGGGAAGCACCCCCGCAUGAAGAGAAAAGCCUCCCCGGAGCCAGAGGGCGAGGGCACGGCCGCCAAGCUCAACGGCGAGGGGCAACAGUGGCUCCCGCCGCCCGCCGAGGGGCUCAAGAUGCCCCCGGUGCCCCCGCCGGGGUUCUCGUCUCCCCCCUCCACCAUAUCCCCCCACCCUCGCAACACCCCGCCCGAGGCCCAGAACGGCCAGUCCCCCAUGGCGGCGCUCAUCAUGGCGGCGGACAACGCCGGCGGCAACAGCUCCCCCAAGGACGGCAACCAGGUGCACUCCACCACGCGGAGGAACAGCAGCAGCCCCCUGUCGCCGUCCUCCAUGAGCCAGAGGAGGCUGACGCAGAGGGAGGCGGCGUCCGGAGCGGGCGCCCCGCAGGUGCAGAGCAUGGACCAGGGUCACCCCCAGAGCAUUCCGGACUCCUCGGUGCCCGGCAGCAUACCGCUGUGCUGCACGCUGUGCCGCGAGCGCCUGGAGGACACGCACUUUGUCCAGUGCCCGUCCGUGCCCUCGCACAAGUUCUGCUUCCCGUGCUCGAGGGAAAGCAUCAAGCAGCAGGGGGCCACGGGCGAAGUGUACUGUCCGAGCGGAGAGAAAUGUCCCCUGGUGGGCUCCAACGUACCGUGGGCUUUCAUGCAGGGGGAAAUCGCCACCAUCCUGGCGGGGGACGUCAAAGUAAAAAAGGAGAGGGACCCUUGAUUUUGUCUGAACACUUCUUCUUCUGGGGGGGAGGGGGAGGUUGGAAAAAAAAAUCUGAGUAUAAAUAUAUAAAUAUCACAUACAUACCAUUCAAAACAAACUAACGGACUUGUACAUAUUGGACCCAAGGGAAGAGUAUACUUCGUAAAAACAUGGUUGUAUAAUUUUUGAUUUUUUGAAUACAUUGUUGUUUCUAUAUUUUUUGAAGAUAAAAGGUAUGUAACUCAUCAUAAUGAACUACGUUCCUCUCUGUUGAUGUUUAACAAAAAAAAAAAAAAUUUUCUCGAUGUACUUCUAGGUCUGGUGGCAGUUCCUGUUUAAACGUAGAAUGUGACUAAUGCUACUCUACGAGCACUUGGCAAAACUUAAAAAAAAAAAAAACCUAAAAAAAAAAAAAAUGCUUUUAGCUGUACUUGUAUGCACUUGUUUUAAAAAAGGAAGAAAAAAAAAAAAGAAAAAAAUUGCCAAAUACAAUUUCUGAUCUUGUAUGAA